CCCAAAUUUUACUGCCAAUGAUGCGCGCAGAGAAAGAAAACCCUUGGCUCCGCACGUCACUGGACUAAUCGAAGCGUGCAGUCAAGAUGCCUUCAAGAACACAGACAAACCAGGACGAGCUGGAUAGGCGAAAGAUUGUCGGCAUUAACAAGGAGACGGUCACCAACGUCUCGUCAACCGACUUCCCCGGCCACUUCUUUGGCGAGCAGCACGCCUGGGACCUCGACCUCUUCUCCCAGACCUUCAGCAUCCAGUUCCACCAGAAUGAUCCGUUCCACGCCUCCUUCAGCCUGGUCGGCGUCGACGCCUCCAUCGCCAACGCCUUCCGCCGCAUCAUGAUCUCCGAGAUCCCCUCGCUCGCCAUCGAGCGCGUCUUCAUAUCCAACAACACCUCGGUCAUCCAGGACGAGGUCCUGGCCCAGCGCCUGGGCCUGGUGCCGCUCCGGGGCUCGCGCGAGGGCCUGCGCCGCUUCAUGCGCGUCUACCGCAAGAGCGAGGCCGGCGCCUUCGACAACUCGUUCGACUUCAACACGGUCAACCUGCGCCUGAGCGUCCAGUGCAGCCGCAACGAGGCCGCCGCUGCCGGCGAGACCGACCCGGCCAAGCUCUACCACCACGCAAACGUUUAUGCCCGCGACAUCGAGUUCCUGCCCGAGGGCCAACAAGCCGACUGGUUCUCGGGCGACGGCGUCAUCGGCCCCGUCAACCCGGACAUCCUGCUCGCCAAGCUGCGGCCCGGCCAGGCUAUCGAGCUCGAGAUGCACGCCCACGUCGGCUACGGCUGGGACCACGCAAAGUUCUCGCCCGUCUGCACCGCCUCAUACCGCCUCAUGCCCACCAUCGACAUAACCCGCCCCAUUUUGGGUGCCGACGCCGAGAAGUUCCGCGACUGCUUCCCCGACGGCGUCAUCGGCCUGCGCAAGGUCACGGCCGAGGACGCCGCCCGCGCCGGCAGCGGCUACGAGGGCCGCAAGGGCGAGCUCAAGGCCGUGGUCGAGGACCCCAUGCGCGACACGGUCAGCCGCGAGUGCCUGCGCCACGCCGAGUUCGAGGGCAAGGUCAAGCUCGGCCGCCGCCGGGACCACUUCAUCUUCUCAGUCGAGAGCGCCGGCCAGUGGGGCAGCGACGAGCUCUUCCUCGCCGCCGUGGCCGAGCUGAAGUCCAAGUGCCAGAAGAUGGAGCAGCAGGUCAUCAACAUGGCUAGGUGAAGAGACGGCUCUAUCUCUUGAGCAUCUUUGGUUUUUUUAAGCGGCAUGUGGAGCUCCCGAAUGUUUAUAGACGUCUAUAUCGUCUUGUACUUGUGUCUAGAGGCACAUCACCCCGCCCACUGCGGUAUGCACAUCAUUCGCAUCACCACAUUCCGCACUCUGUAUGCUUUUAUGAAACGGCGUCCAGGUUAGGUAAAAGGUUUGGCAGGCAAAAUAUCAACAUUUGACGAUUCUUUGGA